GCACGCAAAGGGAUUACACGUCCACCCCCCUGUAUUGUAUUGAGAUACUAACACCGUAUGGACUUUUCAUUAGGGAGCUCGUCGUACUUUUUAAGUUGAAUCAUGCUGAAAAAUAAUGGAAAGAAGGCACUCAUCUCUGUGGCCUGCGCGGGGUGCGUGUGUCUGCUGCUGUUGGCUGCGGCUGUGCAGCAUCACCGCGCCCGGACGGCCGGGGGGGACCCCGGUGCGCACCCCCAGGACGCGCAGGCUCAGAAAGGCUUCUCCGCGUACUUCACCAAACUGAGCCGGGGACGGAGGGAGGUGGAGAAGCCCCCCGGCUCCGCUGCCUCUGCCUCCGGGCCGCCUCCGGCUGAGGACAUCGGCGCGGAUGACAUCUUCAUCGCCGUGAAGACCACCAAGAAGUUCCACCAGUCCAGGCUGAACCUGCUCCUGGAGACGUGGAUCUCCAGAAAUACGCGACAGACGUACGUCUUCACCGAUGGAGAGGAUGAGGAGCUAAAAAGGAAAAUCGGGAGUCACGCAGUCAACACCAACUGCUCCGCGGCUCACAGCCGACAAGCACUGUCCUGCAAGAUGGCAGUGGAAUAUGACAAGUUUAUCGAGUCUGGGAAAAAGUGGUUCUGUCAUGUAGAUGAUGACAAUUAUUUGAACGUCCAGACUCUGGUGAAGCUCCUGUCUCAGUACCCCCACACCCAGGACAUGUAUAUUGGCAAACCCAGUCUGGAUCGGCCUAUAGAAGCCACAGAGCGGCUGGGCGACAACAAAAUGAAACCGGUAAACUUCUGGUUUGCCACCGGGGGAGCGGGCUUCUGUGUGAGUCGAGGUCUGGCACUGAAGAUGAGCCCUUGGGCCAGCGGUGGUCACUUCAUGAACACGGCAGAAAAGAUCCGUCUGCCGGACGACUGCACCAUUGGCUACAUCAUCGAGUCAGUUCUUGGGGUCCCUCUGACCCGCAGCAACCUGUUCCACUCCCAUCUAGAAAACCUGCAACAGGUGAUGAGAUCUGAGAUCCAAAAGCAGAUCACUCUCAGUUAUGGAAUGUUUGAGAACAAGAGCAACAUCAUCAGUUUGAAAGGAGCUUUCACUGUCGAGGAGGAUCCAUCGAGGUUCAAGUCUGUGCACUGUCUCCUGUACCCAGACACCCCGUGGUGUCCCCCACAGGUUGCCUUCUAGGGUGACCGCUCCUUUCUCAUCCUCGUCCCCGCCGUGCCUCGGUAUCUGAAAGGCUCGCGGGGACCAGUGUUUGGUAUUGGACCGUGUGGCCGCUGUGUUCUUUCUGCAGUGGAGCACGGUCUUUAAUGGUUUUACUGGGCUGCUGUGCGGCCCGCCUCGGGACUUUUCUUUCCUGCCCAGAGCCAGAACCUCGUCCUGAAACGAUGGAAGAUUCGAGCUCUCUGCAGGAAGUGGCUUUCGCCGUAAAGCUUUGCAGGCAAUCAAGUCGAGCUUUGUCGUGUAUGUGUUGCUUGUAUAUGUAACUGCGAUUCUCAUAGAAUGUAUCAUUAUAUAUUCAAGCCUUUGCCAGCUUUACAUUAACUUCUUUUAUGCUUUUGAAAAGACAAAGCCACUCACGUUUAUGUUUGGCUUUGAAGCUUUCAUUGCAUCUAUUUUCUUUUUUUUUUUUUUACAUUUGCAUAUAGUUCUUUAACUAAGAUGACUCCGGAUAAAUUCUCUAAUAUGAAGAUAUUAUUGUACUUUUAAGUAAAUAGUGUUAUUUGUCCCACAACAUGAGCUGGCGGUUGGCAUAUUUCCAAAUACAUCCUUUUUUUGGGGCCUAAUCUGAGGUAUAUCAGGACAAAGCACUUUUCCCUUUUUUUAAAUAUUUUAUGGUGAACAAACCAUUUACGUCCUUUAAUGACAUAUUUCAGAUUUGUGUCCCAAAACAACAAAAGAAUAACCCCUCAAAGUCUAAGUUUCUAUUCAUUUUUAUGUAUUUAAAAACACUCCUUGCAUUAGUUACAAUCAGGGAAAUGUAAUGAAUGGAAGAGAUUUUGUUUUGGGGGUCCCAAUCAGCUUUGAAUUGCUUUGAAAAGUCUUUAUUGUUCUUAGAAAAUUGCACAGCUCUUGUUUCAAAUAGGCCGAUGUCUGUCUCUCACCUCUAAAGGCACAACAGUGGAGAAUCAGCUUUUAACGCAAAUGUCAUUUGAGGAGGAGGGUUAAAUACGCCGAGUACCAGCCACAAAUGCAAUGGGAGCCACAGUCUAUAAUAAUUUGCACAAAAGACUGAUGAGCUUUUGUUAUGUCAACAGGAUUGUUCCUUAUUUACACAAAAUAGCUGCUGGUUACUGUUGAGCCUGUGAGGUGAGAGCAGCAUCAGUGUUUCCACAUGGGGGUGUUUGUCUCCUCUGUGUCAUCUCCCACCCAUAUUGGGUUACACUCUACAUCUUGAUUGCAGUAUUGUAUACUGCACCUUUGUUUAGAUAACUAGUAAAUGUAUAUGCUUAGAAUGUAAUUUGUUUUUGUUGGGUUUACACCCACUUAUGAUGACCUGGCCGUGAUUUUGUAUUGCUUUGAACUGUGCUUAAUGACUGUGGUGUAUAGUCUCCAGUAUCUGGAGGGUUUGAACAGUUCAUUCCCAAUACUUGCUUCUCAGGGAUUAUGAGCUGAUCCUGGUAUUAACUACCAUGGGACCCACAGUGGGACCUAAGACUUUGAAUAAAAAAACAUAACCACUGA